CAGUACUUGAUCUAGGACCACUCGCUGGGCACAAUAGGCAGCGUCCUCUGGUUCGCAGUUACUCCGAAGCAGAAGAACCUCUCGCACCACUACACACGAUGGGAACCGGAAAGACGGCAGGGAAGCCAGGAUAUUACGCAGUCGCUAAAGGGCACACUCCUGGGGUGUACUUGACAUGGGAUGAUUGCCUGCCGCAUGUGAAUGGCUUCCCGGGAGCAACGUACAAGAAGUUUACGAAUGUCAUAGAGGCGGAGGCGUGGAUCGAGGCUGUAGGAGAAGGCAAGGCAGGCUCACGCUCUACUGCUCCAACGACCGCACGUCCCCCUAUAUCGAGGCCCGCACAAACCUCUGCCCCGACAACCACACGCUCUGCAGUAGCUGUCCCAUCUACGUCGCCGAGAUCUCCUGCGAAGCCGCGCUCCCCGACAAAACCUGUGUACUCGGGCACAGAAUCGGGCGUCGUGGAAGGGUCCUCCACCUCCCCGAACUCGAAGAAACGAAAGCGGAGUUUGGCCGGCCAGCCUGUGCAGGACGAGACGGGCUGGCAGAUCGUGUACUCUGAUGGUGCUUGCAAGGGUAACGGUAAGGUGGGAUCCAUCGCAGGCAUUGGUGUCUGGUGGGGACACGGCGAUGAGAGGAACCUGGCAGAACGCUGUCCAGGGGCGCAGACAAACAACCGUGCCGAACUAAUCGCCAUCGUACGCGUCCUCGAGACAACGCCGCACGAUAGGCGUUCUCUACUCAUCAAGACGGACUCACAAUACAGUAUCAACUGCUUCCAGAAUUGGCUACCGGGCUGGGAAGCAAGGAAAUGGAUCAACUCGAAGGGCGAGCCCGUGAAAAACAAGGAGCUCAUCCGAUAUCUGUCCGCGCUGCUCGAUCAGCGCGCGCUCGAGGGACAGAAGGUCCGGCUGCAAUAUGUGCGCGGACACGUUGGUGAAGAAGGCAACGAGGGAGCAGACUGGCUCGCCAACAUCGGUGUGACGCGGCCCGAGCGCCCAGAGCGUGACUGGGAAACGCUACGCGCUUCUGUGCAGAAUGCGCCUGCUGUAGACCUGGACCCCAUCGCAUUCGCUAAGCCUGAGGUCCUCGUUCCCCCGGAGGACAAGAACGAGUUCGAGGAGACGUCGCAAAAGCUAUUCAGCGUAGACGCGGAUGUGCCGAUCAGCGGUGCGGAACUUGAGGCAUACGCGUCCGCUCUUGCGGACGACGACGAUCUGUUGUGGGAUCUCGAGGAUGACUGAGUCCGUUUGGGUCGCCAAUGCAUCUGGUCUGUACCCCAAUCUCUUGUAACGUUGCUGUAUUGCUAUCGCGAACAGGUGGUCGCUGUAUGAAUAGUACUCAUGAGGAAGUAAGUCUCCAUUGACACGCUCGAGGGCGCUAACUCAUUGGAUACCUCACAU